AUGCUUCCCAAUGUAUUGCUUGCUCGAGACUUGUCAUUAGAAGGAAAACGGAUACUUAUCAGGACCGAUUUCAACGUCCCUAUCAAGGAUGGCGUCAUAUUAGACAAUGACAGAAUUUUACAAGCGCUACCCACAAUACAGUAUGUCCUUGAUCAAAAAGCGCAUACAGUGAUAAUAAUAUCUCACCUUGGUAAACCAGACGGAAAGAUGAUAGAAGAAUAUUCAUUAGCACCUAUUGCUGCCUACCUUCAAAUUCUAUUACCGAAGCAACGAGUGCGAUUCUUAAAUGACUGCAUAGGAGAAGAUGUCAAACGAACAUGCUACGACUCAAAUGAAGGUGAUGUGCUUCUAUUAGAAAAUCUCAAAUUUCAUGUUGAAGAAGAAGGAUAUCGUCCUAAAGACGAGCAAGGACGAAGGGCCAAAGAAGAUGAAGAUUCGAUUAAAAUGUUCCGCUCCAGUUUAAGUCAGCUAGCCGAUAUUUACAUUAAUGAUGCAUUUAGAAUCUCGAAUAAAACCUAUUCGUCUAUUGUGGGUAUUCAGCUGGAACAAAAAGCAGCAGGUUUACUGAUGCAAAAGGAACUAGAAUCAUUAUGCAAGAUGAUGGAGACACCUGAACGACCGUUUAUAGCUAUUUUAGGUGGGGCUAAAGUAUCCGAUAAGAUCCAAUUGAUUGAAAAAAUGUUGGAUAAAGUCAACGUAUUGAUUCUGUGUGGUGGAUUGUCAUUUACAUUUUUAAAAACCUGUAACAACAUGAAGAUUGGUAAUUCGUUGUAUGAUUCCAGAAGUGACUGUGAAGAACUGGCAACAAGCUUAAUGAAUCGAGCAAAAGAAAAAAAUGUGAAAAUGGUGUUACCUAUUGAUUUUGUUACUGCUUCUGAUUUUAACAAGAUUCCAUCUGUCCUUGGUUACUCAACCGACCAUAUUCCUGACGAUAUGAUGGGCUUAGAUUGUGGUCAGAAGUCAUGUCAGCUGUUUCAUGAUGAGAUAUUGAAUUGUAAAACAGUGUUCUGGAAUGGCUCGCCGGGAGUAUUUGAGUUUGAAGAUAAUUUUUCAAAGGGAACAAAGGCGAUUUUAAACUCGAUAAUUCAGGCUACAGAAAAAGGUGCAACGAGUAUCAUUGGUGGAGGAGAUACAGCUGCAAUUGCUACUAGAUGGGCUAGUAGAAGCCAAUUCUCUCAUGUUUCCACUGGUGGUAAUGCAUCCUUGGAGUUUUUGGAAGGAAAAGAACUAGUUGGUGUAUCUUCAUUAACAAUAAAACCAUGA